UCUCCUAGGAACCUGGAUCUUCCAAGCUGUGCUGUCAAUGCUGCAUCACAGGGGAAUUUUGAAUUGAAAGGAUAUGGCUUUGAAGCUGCUUUAGAACAACUGCGAAGGCCUCGAACUGUUCGUGUGGGACUGAUCCAGAAUAAAAUCCAGUUGCCAACUACAAGUCCAGUGGCAGAACAGAUUAAUGCCCUUCACAGACGUAUCGCGGAGAUUGUGGAGGUAGCGGCAAUGUGUGAUGUGAACAUUGUCUGUUUCCAGGAAGCAUGGGUAAUGCCAUUUGCUUUCUGCACCAGAGAGAGGCUGCCAUGGACCGAGUUUGCUGAAUCCGCUGAGAAUGGAGCAACUACCAAAUUCUGCCAGGAGCUUGCAAAGAAGCACAACAUGGUAAUUGUUUCCCCAAUUCUGGAGAGGGAUGAGAGCCACGCAGAUACACUGUGGAACACUGCUGUGGUGAUAUCAAACACUGGUGCCGUUCUGGGGAAGACACGUAAAAAUCACAUCCCAAGAGUAGGAGACUUCAAUGAGUCCACUUAUUACAUGGAGGGCAAUACAGGACAUCGAGUGUUCCAGACUGCAUUUGGAAGGAUUGCUGUGAAUAUCUGCUAUGGAAGACACCAUCCAUUAAACUGGCUCAUGUACGGCAUUAAUGGAGCAGAAAUUAUUUUCAACCCUUCAGCCACUAUUGGGGAACUAAGUGAGUCAUUGUGGCCAAUAGAGGCAAGGAAUGCUGCCAUUGCCAAUCACUGCUUCACCUGUGCCAUCAACCGUGUGGGAACUGAGCAUUUUGAAAAUGAGUUCACAUCCGGAGAUGGCAAGAAAGCCCAUCAUGACUUUGGGCAUUUCUAUGGAUCUAGUUAUGUUUCAGCUCCAGAUGGGAGCCGAACUCCUGGCCUAAGUAGAGUUAGUGAUGGACUUUUGAUUGCGGAGAUGGACCUUAAUCUGUGCCGCCAAACCUGUGACAAAUGGAAUUUCAAGAUGACUGGACGCUAUGAAAUGUAUGCUGAAGAGCUAGCGCGAGCUGUCAGACCAGAUUUCCAACCUGACAUUGUGAGAGAAUAA